GUUUUUUUUUUUUUUUUUUGCCAUUUCAUUUUUUAUCUCCUGCCAAAACGUCUUUUCGGUAUAGAGUCACCGGGAAGCCGGUUUCUGUUUCGUGACAGCUCUCGCCGGUGUGCUAUCUGUGACAAACGACAAACGAUCGGCUGAGCCAAUCGAACUAGUCAUAUCAGGUUUGGUUAUGUGGGUGCUUCCCUUCGCUCAGAGUCCGCGCUGGAUCAUGGCUUCUCUGCGGUUAUGUCGUCUGCAAGGAGCCAUCGGGCGACCUCGUCUAGAUGUACUGCCCAAGACUAGCUUCCUUGAGGGCCUUCCCCGGGUUUCAUUUGCCUUCGGGACUCACAAAGAAGAACCGCGAGACGAUGUCUACGAAACCCAGAAGGCCGCACCGACGCUACUAUUCAAGCACAGACUCCCGCCGCGCUCAUGGGAUAGCCAUAUGCAUGUCGUGGAACCCCAGCGGUAUCCCAUCGCCGCAGACGCAAUGUAUCAACCACCUUCGCGUACGCUAAAGGAUGCCAUGGCCUUCGAGUCGUCUAUCGGAGUCGAAAACAUCGUUCUUGUGCAGCCAUCGAUUUACGGAACCGACAACUCGUGUCUUUUGGAAGCACUGAAGAAAAUGGGCCCCUCUCGCGGACGAGGGAUAGUGGUGAUCGAUCCGGAAACCUUCGAACCCUCAACACUUACGGAAUGGCACACUCUCGGUGUCCGCGGCGUCCGAGUCAACCUGAAAUCCGUUGGCAAAGUGAUGAACGAGCAGGAGCUGGAGGAAACUUUGCUGAGGCAUGCGGAGAUAGUCCGUCCUCUCGGAUGGAUCAUCCAACUCUGGGUUCCCCUGCAUAUGCUACCUAUGCUGGAACGCAUUGUCCCCCGAUUAGGUGUCAAAAUCUGCAUCGACCAUUUCGGAGGGCCUGAACUCUCCUCGAUCACUUGGAAAGAUAAUGUGAACUUGCCCUUCGAUCCUUACUCGCUCCCCGGUUUUUCGUCUCUGGUCUCCUUGCUCCGUGCAGGAAAAACGUACGUCAAGAUUUCGGCACCUUACCGUCUCAGCAAGGACAAGCAGAUGCGGGACAUCCAAGCAAUUGCCAUCGAAUUACUGCGCGUGGCUCCUCGACGGGUGAUCUAUGCUUCAGACUGGCCGCACACACGAUUCGACGGGAUGAAUAUCAGACCUUUCACGGAGUCGUGUUUACGAUGGUGUUCCAGCCAGCCAGGACUGGCCGAACGAGUGUUCUGUUUGAACACAGAGGAGUUGUUGUGUUGAUUUCGAUUCCUUCUCUCUUUUUUGUCUGCAUUUGCAUUACACGAUAUCAUGACUAGCGAUUCAAAUUCUUCAGCGAUUGUACAUACAUCAGCAUAAUACCACUACUGGUUAUCUAACCUUAACCUUACC